CCACCACCAACUCAUUGUUGCAGCCUCACGUCGCCAAACAUGGCGCCAAAUGAUGAUGCUAAGCGCAAGUCAGGUUUAACGAUUGCGCAGGUGAAGUUCAAGCAGGCAAUGAAAGAUUCCGAUGCCGAAGAUCGUUCAGCACCCAUUGCAGUCGAAAUUAGCUCUCAGCUCUUCAACCACGUUGAUGCCGUUCUUCAGCAGAACUCGCCCAUCAAUAUCCAGAAAUGCACAGAAUGGAUUGUGAAGCACGUAGCUCCCUCCAAGGCUCGGAUCACCACCCUCGGCGCGUAUCUCAUCGCUGUCUCAAAGUCUGUCGUAGUAGAUCAGAGCACUCCAGCGCUAGCGAAGAAAGCAGCGCGCAACCGGAUGGAUAUCUUGUUGAUCGUCAACGAUGCCCUCCAUGCUGACAAGUUCCAUCGUCGCGACACGACGAAGCAGAGUAUUCUUGGCACCGCGUGUCAAGAUUUUGUCCCUGACUUGAUCGAACUCGCAGCCGCAUGUAUCACCGAUAAAGGAUCGCAGCUAGAGGUGAAGUUGAAGGCCAUUGUCAACUACUGGGCUGUUAACAAGCUCUUGAGUCCAGAGGGCCUGAAGGCUUGCCAGCACAAGGCAGAUGAGGCCUUGUCCGUAGCACAGGGUCGCAAGCGCAACUACGUUCUUCCAGAAUACCACGGCGACCGAAAUGCCAGAUGGCACGAUCUCCCAGCGUCGUACAUGCUCGAGCCCAUAAUCAAACACCCGAACCGCCCGAUCCACGAAUCUCAGAUCAGAAUACGGAAGCUUGACAAGAAGCCUGUCAGUCCGCACGUUCGCGCUCUCCUCGACAACUACUUCGAGAAUAUCGACCUAAAGUACCUGCCGACGGGCGAUAAUCCGACCGGAGAAACAACCAAGUAUAGGCUUUCGCUGGACCCUAUGGGCCAGCUAGUCAAGCAGGACAAGGAGACUGGCGAGACUGCCACAGUGGCAAACGGCUACGGCUGGUCGCCCAAGUUUUGUCAAGACAUACAGAACUUCACCGUCCCAGAGACCAUCAAGAUUGCGCGAGAGGACAUAGAACGCAUGGAGGACAUGAAGGUCUCGCCACAUGGACCUUCACGGCGAGAGUCUGAGAGCAGGGGUUUCGUCGAGCCGCGACCCACCAGGUCCCGCCCAUGCUGCCGCAGUCGCCUUUCAACGCGCCGCCAUUUCCACCGCAGCACAUGUCAGGCCAGUUCCAAGGCCAGUUCCCGAUGCCAAUGCCGCCAUUCGGUGUUCCUCCUCCUCCACCACCGCAGUUCCAAGGACGUGGUGGCUUCGUUCCCCCUCCCCCGCCCCCCAACUUCAACGGUAUGUGGCAGCCUCCUCCCAACACGAACAUGCCACCGAACGGUCCGCAACAAGGCAACCAGGGUGGCAAACAAUUUGGUAACCACCACGGAGGCCAGGGUGGAAAUCGGGGCGGCAACCAAUUCGGAUACCAGGGCGGCAACCAGCAUGGUACCAACUUCGGUCCCGGUAACAAUGGCCAGUAUGGUCAGAACCGUGGCGGAUACCAAGGUGGACGUGGUUAUGGAGGUGGACAGCGCGGUAGCAACAACGGCAACAGGGGAGGCUGGAGGGGCAACGGACGAGGCGGGCGAUACUGAGAGGAGACACAUUCUCCAGCGGACGUUGCGCGUGAUGGCGCGAACCAAAAGGAAACGCAACUCACUGAGGACCAAUACAAACAAACGUUCACGAUACGACGAUUCGAGCCCUAGCGAAGCCGGCAGCACCAGCGAUACCUUGUGGGCAGCAGAGUGCAUUCUCGACGAACACGUAGUCCGUGGUGUACGCAAAUACUACAUCCAAUGGCAAGGGAUUGACCCCAAGACUGGAAAGACGUGGGAGCCAACUUGGGAACCGGAAGAGAACGCCAACGACUUGCUCGUCGCACACUGGACGCAGGAGAAGGCGCGCGAUUUGGCUGAAGUCGACCAGCAAUCUCAAGGAAGCGACAGCAGACACUCUGAAGGGCAACAGGAAGCACAGGCACAGGCCUCAAGGCGCAUCCGCAAUCCCCGUGUGAUUGACAGCAGCCCGGAGCCUACCGACCGUUCCUCUGAGGCAACGAGUCCUCUCAGUAUCCGAGCUGACCCGGAAAGGCUGCCGAGUGCCGCAGUGUCCGCAGCUCGUGCUUCGCCUCGGAUUCAAAUCGCCCGACGGGGUGACAGUCUCGAGAGGAACAACUACGUGCGCUUCACGCAGACACCAUCGUCUCAGCCAGCUCCGACCCCAGAGCCUACCCAGGACACCAAUCUCGAUAGCUCGCAGUUGUUUGCAGCACGCCCACGACCUCAUCUGUCAGACAUAGUCCCCGACUCGCAGAGUUCCAGCGGUGAAGGAAGCUUCGUACCCACGACUCAACGCACCGAGGACAUCGGCCAACAGAGCACUGAUUCGAACGACUCGCGUGUCGAGGAAGAUCUUGCUGAAGACUCAGGCCUACUUGAACUUAUUGAAGAAGCCGCACAACACGCGUUGUCGCCUGCACGAUCGAUACCCGAGACGAUACCCGAGACGAUACCCGAUACCACCAUAGCAGAUUCGCAGAGCCAGCGGCAGAGACCUGAGACGGAGUCGCAAGGUGCUCCGAACACACUCGAAUUCAUUCAUAUCUCGUCACAGUUGGAACACGAGUCAAGCCCGGAGCUCGAGGAUACUGUGCACGGCCAACAGAGUGAAAUCGAUCAAAGUGCUGCACAAGACGAGUUUCAGGGAGGAGAUACCGACGAGGUCGGGGUGCCUCAGGUCGACCACAUCACUUACGAGCCUCGCCCAACCCAAAGCGCGCGCGAGAUAAUCUCAGACAGAGUGGGCGGUACAUUGGGCGAACACCCUCGUUUGGAACCGGCGGCUACGGACAGUACAAGGAAUGCUUCGACGGAGGUUGUUGGCACAGACGAAGUCACGAUCUCACGGAAUAAACCAUCUACACUAGUCGAGAACAGCCAGUCUCAUCAUACCGAAAGGCCUAACGUAGCUAGCGAUACACAAGUCUUAGCCGGUAGUAGUGACGACCCGUCGCAACGUCAAGGAUUCCAGCAAAUCAGCGUUUGCGACAGUCAACCAAUUCUAAUCGAGCAUUCGGCAUUGGAAGACAACGAACAAUUCCCUUUCCAGUCACAACAGCCGUUUCUGCAUUCUCAGCCUUCAGAAUCAGUAUCUUGCAUCAAGGUCUCAGAGCAGCUCCCACAAGCUUGCGCGACACUGGUCCUCCCAGGACGAGUGCUUGCUGGGGUAAGUGUGCCAAGCGAAUCCAAUCCGGCGCCAGCGCCCGACCCACCUCACCCAUCAGUCCAAGCAUCCACUACAAUCCAUCACCAAGAUCACAACGACCCGCUAGUGGAACUUCUCGAACCUGAAGCUGCUCACAGCGCCUCACCAUCAGGCCAGCUUCAAGAAGAGCUAUCUCUUCGUGAUCAACUACUGCACGCGUCAUCCAGUCCAGAGCGCGUACAGAACGCGCAAGUAGUACCUCUUGAGGCAGAUUUGAGCACGCAAGAAGACACAUCCGAGAGCAUACGAACUACCAUUGAAGAAGAGGUGGCGCAUCGGGCUAGCUCUGAGUCUCGUCACGACUCAUCCCAGGAAUCGCCAGAACGCCCUUCAAGAUCGCUGAAUAACGAGGCUUCGCCGGUACUGUACCCACCCAGCUACUCGUUGCAAACACAAGAAUCUAGACUUCCAUCACGGCCUUGUACGCCUGUUCCUACCUCAUCACUUUCCAUCAUGGCAGGCGAGGAACCUGCUAUCGCUGAAGCGAUAACACUAUCAGAGCCUAUCGUACCGGUACCAAGAUCUCCCACAUCCGACGAGAUGGAGGUCAGUGACGCAGAUGAUGAAGACAGCGAGAGUCUUUUCAAUGAUGAUUUGCAGUUGGUGGACCAGGAGUUCAUCGUGCCCUUGUUCAUACAGGGUCGGCAAAGGGAUACGUAUGCUCAGUACAUAACAGCCAAGAAAGAUCUGUUAGAGCCUUUUCUCAAGGAUCGCCACAGCCUGAACUCAGUCGAGGAGGUCAAGAACAUCCUAUCCCAGCUUCGCGCUAUCGAGACGCACAUGGACUUGGUCUUCGCUGAGGCUGAAUCGAACGUCUUAAAUGGUGAGGCUUCGGCGACGCAAGCAGAGCAUGCAGCUAGAUUCGGCUUGGAAAACUCCACUAAAUUUAGGUUUCUGUCAGCGCUGUUCAAUGAUUUGCGGCACUGCGAGCCGCAGAAACACGUCGUAUUAGUCACAGAGAGUGACAACGAGACACUCUUCCACAUCCUUGAGACGUUCUGCAAGACAACCUACAUCAACUACACCAUGCCGGGUAAAGAUCGAAAGGCAAAUCUGAAAGAGGUGGUUGGUAACUUGUUGGUCACCAUCAUCCCAAGCGAUGCAUCGCCCACCAUACAUGUUCCCGAUAUGAUCAUCUGUCUCGAUGGUGUGCAAGACGCCGCACAAAUACGCAAGAAGAGUUGGGCCAAAUCGCCUAAUUGCGACGUGGUGCCCGUGCUUCAUUUGGUCAUUCCGAGGACUGUCGGGCAUAUCGAACGGUACAUAACGUCAGGCCUUGAUCGAUUAGAUCAUAUGCACACUGUCUUGGCGAGCCUUGCGCAUGUUCAUCCGGACAUUGGAAAAGCCAUCGAUGAACGCACACUACGUGAUGUCCAUUGCGCUUCGUUAGUCGCCGACUGGAUCAAGAACAGGAUGGAGGGUGCCGACUGGCCGCUGUCCUCUAUUGGUAGCGUCAAGGACGUUAUUGAGUAUCAGACGCAACAGACAUCGACAGAUAUACCCAUGUCCGAACGUACCAAACGCCCUCUAGAUGAAGAAGACCUUGACCCCGCAAAGCGUAUGCGCUUCACUCCCCAACCACAAACAGUACCUGCUUCAGCGGUGGGUAAAGAGUACGAAGUCACGCAUAUUAGCGACUCCAUGCCUGGCACUGCAGCUUACGAUUCUGAUCUGCGAACACAGCUAGCCCAUGCAAAAGAGGGGCUUCGGGAAGAGCGAGAAGCUCAUAGAGCAGGUCAAAGGGACUUUGAUCAGCAUAAGGAUAUGUGGGAUAAGCAGCAGACAGUACACGAGGAUCUGGCAAGCGAGCACCGCCGUGUAAAGAGAAGGCUCCAAGAUGCCGAGGACAAAGUCGAGACGUUGACCAGGAACAACGCAACUCUCACCGAACGUCUCACGGCGCGUACCACGGAAAUGCGUGAGGUGAAGGAGAAGCUCAAGGAACAGCGGGAGACGGCUCUUCUCGACCCCAAUGCACAACUUCAAGAAAUCGCCAAGCUUCGCAACCAGCUCGACGAAGCGAACGACAAGACGGAGCAAGCAGUGAAGAAGGCUGCUGCAGCAGAGCAGAUGCUGGAUUACAUGAGAGAAAGCUUGCAGGAUGCCCGGUCCACCGCAUCUACCUCCACUGCCCGCGUUGAAGAACUCGAAGCCCAGCAGGUCACACUUUCCAAAGCGGCUUCAGGUGAAGCCACGAAGCGGAAGAGCAUGCAUAUCGAAAGAAGCUAUGAGGAACAACAGCAGCGUGUCAAGCGGCUGGAAACGGAGCUGAGCAUUACGAAGCGUACAUUAAUGACGAAAGACGAGGAGAUUGCUCGUCUGAAGAGUAUGGGAGGUCGGCCUGGCGUAGGCACUAGAGGCACGAGUGCGACACCGCAGCCCAAGACCAGGAGUAGAGCUGCUAGUCCCACUUUCCCUGGCGGGCGAAUUGCCAACUUGAGAAACAGCUAGGGUGCCUUGAGAAUCCUUGAGGUUGAUGGGCUCUGGAUGUUGACUCUCCCUUGGUAGUCGCGUUCAGAGUAUAUGGGCAUGUCAUCUUGGCGGUGGUAAUAACGGCAUGGGCAGACAAGCCAUCUUGGUCACGGCGUAUGGCGGCUAAGACUACCAGGAUAUUGUAUCUUCUUUCCCGACAUGCAUUACGAUGAAUGUAUAUACGUUGCAUAUAAGUCACUGUUCCUUCACUAUACG